GUGGCAGUAUCGAGUAUGGGCUCCUUGCGCUUGCGCUUUUAUUACAAGAUUGGCCGUCGAGCCGUACGGACGUGUCGCGCGGGUGUUUGUCUCAACCGAGGCUUGUGUUUCUAGAAGAGUCCUUUUGCUGAAUUUUGAGCAAGAGUGAAAAAUACGAACUUUUCCAGUGUGUUAAAUCAAAGUGAUUAGGGAAGUUUAACAAAUUACACAACCCGCUUAAAACUAUCACACGCUUUUCAACCUGCCGUGAGUGAGUGCAUAACUUGGAUCGCGUUUGGACUAUAAGCUAGGUGCCCAGGAAAAGCGCGUGCACCAAGUUAACGCUUUUCCGCGCCGUUUCAUGCUGCUGAGCUUUCGUGCUAGCAGCUCGUCAGCUCGAAGGGUUCACGUAACGACGUCGACGACUCGCGACUGCUCGUGUGAAUUAAGGCAUCACUCACCGGGCGCGAGGAGGCUUCAAAGUCGUUGGCCAUCAUCUCGGUUACAGUUGGAAAAUCUACUCCGCUGCUAGUGCUGGUGGGCAACCUUGGCUGCGAUUUUUGUAUUUGGCGCGAUUAAUUAAGUCCAUAAAUUAAAAGUGAAACCGUGGCGGCGUCGACUUUGGUUCAGAGACGGUCAUCGUCGUCGUCGACUUAAGGCUCCUCCACGUCGUGCUAAUGACCGAUAGUGCAGAAAAUUGGUGCAGCAAUCACAUAAUACAGUGCUUGAUGAGUGCUGAACUACCUACUAGCGUGAGGUGUGCAUAAAAUCGCAGCAUAAAAUUCAGCAAGUGUAGCACAAUAGUUCGGUUCGGUUGUGAUUGUGGCGCCUGAUAUCGAUACCCGCUAGCUGCUUCUGGGUUGGGCCGAGUGGAAAAUCAACCGUGUCCAACCGACCGACCAACAGUGUGGGGGAAACGUGAGUGAAUGUUUGCUGGGACAGUGAGGAAAAGUCAAUAACCAUUUCCGCGGACCGGUGAAGGUGGAGGAGUGUCGACAGCUGAAUUUGAGCUAAUCAGAGCUGAGUGGAGUUUAAUUUGAAUCUGAUUUUGGCGCUCCUGUCGAGGCAAAGUGAGCAGCAUGGCGUUUUUCAAGAGUAUCUGGAAGAACAAUUCGAAGCACAAAAAGCUGUGCGAGGAGCUGGCGCUGGCCAACAACAUCCGGGACUUUUCGGACAACCACGAAGAGCUGGAGGAUGGCUUCGAGGAGGCGAUCACGUACAGCGUCAAGUACCUGGGCAACACGACGAUCCCGACGCCCCGGUCGGACAGCUCCACGGCGGACGCCGUCAAGCGGAUCAUCACGGCGGCGAAAGGCAACAAAAAGCUCCAGCGCGUAACGCUGUCCAUCUCCCCGAAGGGCAUCGAAAUGCUGGACGUGACCACCGGCGAAACCCUGCUGCAGGUCUCAAUCUACAACAUUUCGUACUGCUCGGCGGACUCCGCCCACGACCACGUGUUUGCGUUCGUCGGCACCGUCGCCAGCCCCGAGUCCGAGGUGAAGGAGAUGUGCUUCCGCAAGGACGUCUCCGAGGUCGACUUUGAGGGUCCGCUGGUUUGCUACGCGUACCUCUGCCAGAAGCGCAAGAUGGCCCAAACGGUGACGCUGACGGUGGCCCGGAGCUUCGAGCGGGCCUACCAAAUCUGGCAAAACAAGCAGUUUCACGCCGAGCGAAAGCGGAAGGAUCUGGAGAAGCGGAACAACGCGUGCAACCGGGCGGACAGUGCCAGCAGCAGCGGAAGUGGUCGAUCCCAGGUCAAGCGAACGGACGAUGUGCUGAUCGACUUCAAUUCCGACCUGACGGCAGAGAUUUGCUCCAAAGAUCACCGCGAGCUGUUGCAGAACACUUGGGUAUCAUUUGACGAUGAGCAAUCACCACAGGAGUUCUUCGCAGUGCCAAAUCUUAACAAUGCCGUCAACGCCGCCGCCAGCAACGGAUGGAGCCGGACAGCCAUUUGCUCAAACUGAGGUCAUCAUAUUUAGUGUCAGGAAAAGAAAAUGAGAUUUGCUUUUAUGCUUUAAUUAUUACUGUUAUUUUUCAGCAAAGGGGAAAUAAUUUUAACGUAGUGUUAUUUUAAAUCGUUGCA